CGGAAGCGGCGGCGGCGACGGCGGCGGCGACAGCGGCGGCAGUGGGGCAAGUUGGCAGCACUCGGAUGCAGGCGGCGCGGCACGUCGUGUGCGCCCUGUCCGGCGGGGUGGACAGCGCGGUGGCCGCGCUGCUGUUGAGGCGGAGAGGUUACCAGGUGACAGGGGUGUUUAUGAAGAACUGGGACUCGCUGGAUGAGCGGGGGGUGUGCGCCGCCGACAAAGACUGCGAGGACGCGUACAGGGUGUGCCAGAUCCUAGACCUCCCCUUCCGGCAAGUGUCCUACGUGAAGGAGUACUGGCAUGAUGUGUUCAGCGAUUUCUUAAAUGAAUACGAGAAAGGAAGAACUCCCAAUCCUGACAUCAUCUGCAACAAGCACAUCAAGUUCAGUUGCUUUUUUAAUUAUGCCGUGGAUAAUCUUGGAGCAGAUGCCGUUGCCACGGGUCACUAUGCGAGGACGUCCCAGGAAGAUGAGGAGGUCUUCCGGCAGAAACACAUCCGGAGGCCAGAGGGGCUCUUCAGGAACCGAUUUGAAGUUAGAAGUGCGGUAAAGCUUCUCCAAGCAGCUGACAGCUUUAAAGACCAGACCUUCUUUCUCAGCCAGGUUUCCCAGGACGCCCUGCGGAGAACCCUCUUCCCCCUGGGGGGGUUAACGAAAGCGUUUGUAAAGAAAAUAGCUGCUGAGAAUAGACUCCAUCAUGUGCUUCAGAAAAAGGAGAGCAUGGGCAUCUGUUUCGUUGGUAAAAGGAACUUUGAGGAUUUCAUUCUUCAGUAUUUACAGCCUCGACCCGGUAAAUUUAUUUCUAUAGAAGACAAUAAGGUUCUGGGAACGCACAAAGGCACAUGGCUCCAGCGGGAGGCCUCGUGGCUUCAGGCAGGACACCUGGCCCACAUUCGAAGGGAGUGUCCCUGUUCCUUGGGGAUCGGGGGCCCCGCAGCUGGAACGGGCCUCGGCGCCCCGGCCCAGGAGUGCUGUUUGAAGCGGGACUCGCUCCCUCCCGGAGCACCUGUCUCCGUAGGCUGGUUCCUGUACACUCUGGGCCAGAGAGCCAAGAUAGGGGGCUUGCGGGAGCCCUGGUACGUGGUGGAGAAGGACAGCGCCAGUGGCGACGUGCUCGUGGCCCCGCGGACAGACCACCCGGCCCUGUACAGGGACCUGCUGCGGACGGGCCGCGUGCACUGGAUUGCGGAGGAGCCGCCGGCAGCCCUGGUCCGGGACAAGAUGAUGGCCUGCCACUUCCGCUUCCGCCACCAGAUGGCGCUAGUGCCCUGCGUGCUGACUCUUAAUCAGGACGGCACCGUGUGGGUGACGGCUGUGGAGGCUGUGCGGGCUCUCACCCUGGGACAGUUCGCCGUGUUCUACAAAGGGGACGAGUGUCUAGGCAGCGGGAAGAUCCUCCGCCUGGGGCCGUCCGCCUACACGCUCCAGAAGGGCAGGAGCAAGUCCGGAGCGACCACAGAGGGCUCCAGCGCCGGCCAGGGCGGUAGCCCGGGCCCGGGUCCCACGCUCUGACGAGGCUGAGCCGCCGCUGUGGAGUCACAGGGGAGGACGUGGAGGAGCGCGGCCGCCAGGGGCUCUGCCGCCGCCUGAACCGAGGGGGUGUGGCCCGGCCUGCUGCCCCCCGCCCUGGCCAGGCUGGCCCAGCUUCUGGAAAGCCUCCGGAGCCGUGGAGAACCCGUCUUCCCCGCCUGCUGGCUGGUGGGUCUGCCCCCCUGCCCCGGGGUUGGAGCUCCGCUUUCACAGCCCCAGGCAGGUUGCCCCAGGAACGCACCCGCGGGCCUGUGGGGGGUUGUACGGGCUGCAGGGACGGCAUAUCCAAUAAAAACGCCGUCGGGAUGUGGA